AAUACAAGUAAACAAUACAUGGUGGAUAAACAAUUAUUGUAAUAGAAAUUGCAUAAACACUUGUAAAACAUAAGAAUACGAGCAUGUUUUUCAGCCAUAAAAAUAGUAUUAACCGUGGAUUUUACGGUGUUUAAAAUGACUAAUGGUCACCUAUUGUUCUGGACUUCCUCCAGAGAUGAAGACAAUCACACUGAACGUCGGUGGAGUAUUGUUCACUACUUCCCCUUCAACUCUGACAAGGUAUCCUGAUUCACGGCUGGCCCAGAACUACAAGCCAGGAAGAGAAACAUACUUUUACGACAGAGACGGUGAAAUGUUUCGACUCGUUCUCAACUACGUUCGCAGCGGGAAGCUAUUGUUGCCUUCAUCUUUCGACCAGCUCGACCAACUUUUGGAGGAAGCUCACUACUACAACCUGUAUUCAAUGUACGACGAUAUAGUCCAGCUACAAGAAAGCAGACAAAAGGAACAAGAAAGUGUCGAGACUAACAGAGACCCUCCGAAACACCCUAAUGAAGAGACUCCCGCUGACCAACGAGCCAAAGCAGACACAGAGAACGAUACAGAUUCUGCGUACGAGUGUGUGAUCGUGUGUGCUGAUGAGGACGGCAAAGUGGAGAGGUGGUUUUCUGCUCCGGUGGACCUCAGGUUUGAGAGCAACGGCUGUCUGCUGGGAGUCUGUGAGACCAUGACGGGAUAUUCUCACAUUCUGGACUACCGGGACUACAUGGCCCGACCCGGUAACACAGUCCCGGACCACUUCAACAUCGCGGCCAUCGUUGCCCGUCUACUGAGGGCCGGCUUCAGUCUCGUCUCCAGCAGCAGUGGGAUGGACGAAUGGCACAGGGAGUUCUACUUUGUAUUUGUACGGAGCUCAAAGAAAAAUUAAUCUAGGAAA